AUGGCAACUCGCGCGCUAUUCCCCCUCCUCUUCCUUGCCUGCGCGGCGCAGGCGGCAAAGACGUACCGCGACCAGUGCGACCAAAAGAUCGUCGAGGUGCUAUCCUACAGCAACAGCAGCCACUACCGCUUCCCCGACACGACGGACAUGAUCAGCGGGCGACAGCGGGUGCACCUAUGGGCGUGCGAGGAGAUCUGCGGCGCCGAGUCGCGCAUGUACCCGUGGCUCGACAUCUUCCAGCGGAUAACGCUGUGGAAGGUGCCGCUGCUGCUGCUGAUAGGAAAUUUCCAGUUCGCGCAGCUGGGGCUCGGAAACCUGCUCUGCGUCGUGUGCCACCUCCUCGGCGACCCCAUCGAUACCAUGUGCAGCCUCCUCACCAAGCUAGAGGUCUCCCGCCGCCUCUACACCCGCUGGGCGACUAUCUCCGAGCCCGUACUUCCGCCGGCGGGCCUAGACGAAGAGGCCCGCCUGGGCUUCACCACGCUCCCUGACCCUGCUUUCCAGCUGACGCUAAGCCAAGCGCAAGACCUUGCCGCCGUCAACGCCGUCUUCGACGACUGGAUGCAUAGUUCAGACAUGGUAUUCGUAGCGAUGCGCAGUGCGCUUAUGCGGCUGCCGCCCAAGCUACGAGUGCAAUUCAUCACGGCGAUCACGGAAGCGGCCCACAAGUUGUCCGAGUCGCGGGCGGACGACCGGCUGCGCGCGUGGCUGGCGAUACUUGGCUAUGCCGUUGCCAUCAUUGCGGCGUUCAUGCGCACGCUCGACCAGGGCCCCGAGAAGAUGACGGCGCAUAGCAUCGCGUUCGCAAUGAGCAUGGUGUGGCUGGUGCCCGCGGUGAUGAUUUCGACGACAGCCGGGGGGUUUACGUCGAAGCGCGCGGGAAUGAGGAUCGUCCGCGAGCUGCAGGAUGAGCUGGGCGCUGCGUGGCCUGUCCAGAAGAUCGAGGAGUGGACGUGUACUAGCACCGUGUGGAAUCCGGCUGGGAAAGGGAGGAGCGUGCUGUGGGAGAGCACGGUGCCCCUCGGGGAAGCCCUGCCUUGGUGUGGUGGGAAUUAUAGCUAUCGUGCGUUCAAACGCUUGGAGAGCGCACAUCUUAAUCCUCCAGAGAUGCGCCGUGGGUUGCCGACGUUCGCGGCGGAAAGGCCCACCGCUCUGUUGUACUUCUACUCCGUCUUGAGCGUGCUCCUCGCGGUCGGAUGUGCGAUGGCCCUUUCAUGUCUCACAUCGACAGUCGGCCUUGGUUGCCGAACAAUGACGCAAAUGUCCUUCUUCCUCGGCUGGCUCUUGAGCGUUGCGUUGACGCGCCUCUUCCGUCGUUAUCUCUCCGGAAAAUACCACUGGUACGCAAUAGUCUUCAAAGACUUUAUCAUCGGCUUCCUCGUGAUCGGCUUCAUCGUCGCCGCCUUCAUCGGCAAAUUCAACUCCUGCUUCUGCUGGUCCGCGUACUUCUCUCGCUUCAGCGGUGCAUACGUGGAAGUGCACUCUUUUUACUUCGACGCGAACCUGCGCACCCUGACGAUGACGAAAUGGCCGAUCCUUGUGGCGGUAGGACUAGGCGGGCAGGCGAUAAUGCUGGUGAUCAUGGGCUGGGGAAACUCGCAGGGCGUGUUGCUGCUGUUCUGUCGCGAGGAGAAGGAGCAGGAGGAGUAUUUUGUUAAUGUAUUGCCGAUGCAGGUUAAGACUAUUGAGAGAAGGUGCAGUGAGACCGAGUCCGAGGAUAGUUGGGCGGUGUAUGGGGCUGGAAGGAGGGGGAGCGCACAGCCGGGGGUGCUGGAUUGGGCCGCGGGGAGUGCUAAAAGUGAGACGUGA